UUUCUAUAAUAUAUUUUAUCCAUUUAGAUUAAAAAUGUCGAUGUCCUUUGAUUUACCAAGUUCUGCCGUUGAGCAGUUAAAAGGAUUUAUCCUUCUGUGUCGAACCAAGCCUGAGAUUCUUCACAAACCUGAACUUAAAUUUUUCCGAGAUUUCUUGGAAUCUUUCGGUGCCAAUUUACCCACUCCGCCACCGGAGGAAAAAACAGAUAAACCGGCAGAGCAAGGGAAACCAAAACAAGCGGAACAAGAAAAUAUGGAGACUGAGGAUGCUGGUGAGGCGAGCAGUGACGAGAGUGAUGUUGAGCUUGAUAUGGACGGAGUCUUGGAGAACCCUGACACCGAGGAGCCUCAUGAGAUGGGAGACCCAGACAAGAAGGAGAUGACGGACGAGGAGAUGGAGCAGUUUGAUGAGGCCAGGAGCAGUGCCAUGGGAACAUUUUCUGAGGGUGAGUGGGAGAAAGCUAUUGAGCUGUUCACCAAUGCGAUCAAACUCAACCCCAACUCUGCUGCAAUGUUUGCAAAGCGUGGAACAUGCUUCCUCAAGCUGAAUAAGCCGAGGGCAUGUGUUAGAGACUGCACCAGAGCUAUUGAACUGAACCCUGACAAUGCGACCGCGUACAAAUUCCGUGGAAGAUGCCAUCGCCUCCUUGGCAACUUCGCCGAGGCCGCCAAGGAUCUUAGAACAGCUUGCAAGAUUGAUUUCGAUGAGCAGGCGGACGAAUGGUUGAGGGAGGUGACACCCAACGCCAAGAAGCUGGAGGAGCACGAGAGGAAGAAGGAGCGUAAACAGGCCGCCAAGGAGUUGGCUGAGAAGAAGGAGAGGAUUAAGAAGGCGCAGGAGGCUAGAGCUGCCGCCGCUGCUGCUAGAGCUUCUCAGGAUGAUGAGGAUGAAAUGGGCGGUAUGCCCGGUGGUAUGGGGGGACUCGGCGGUAUUCUUAAUGAUCCUGAGCUUAUGGCCGCCCUAGCGGAUCCCGAGGUCGCUAAAGCGUUCCAGGAUAUCACCUCCAACCCCGCCAACAUCAUGAAGUACCAGGGGAACCCUAAGGUUAUGGCACUAGCAGCCAAAUUGGCCUCCAAGGUCGGAGGGGGUAUGGGCGGUAUGCCUGGCAUGCCAGGUAUGGGGGGCAUGCCUGGUAUGGGAGGUAUGGGAGGAAUGCCGGGUAUGGGAGGAUUCCCCGGGUUUGGAGGUAUGGGAGGUAUGCCAGGAAUGGGAGGAGAGGAACCUGCAUCUACUCCUAAACCACCUCCAUCCUCUACCGAUGAUCUGGACUAGGUCCUAGACUCAAGUUUUCCGUUCUUAUCUUCUUCUGAUAUUUAUCUCCGUAUUCACGUUCACAAAUGAAAAAUAUGAAUUCUGAGACACAAAAGUCAUAAUUUUUUUCGUUCCUCUGGUGAGUAAUCGUCACGCUUUGUGAUUUAUGGCAUUUUAUUCUUUGCAGA